AUGGAUCACUCAGUCGGCGCUCGCCCUUUCAACAUCCGAGGUCGGGAUGAUAUUGCGUACAGGCUGUUCAUAGAGCUUCUUUCAUAUCAACUGGCUUCCCCAGUGCGCUGGAUCGAGACGCAGGAUGAGCUUCUUAGAGCCAAGUCAGCCAUCCGUCGCUACAUCGAGAUUGGUCCCAGGACCACUCUGGCAAACAUGGCCAGGAAGUCAGCGGCCAUUCACCACACUUCCCAUGCUCCAUCUCAAUGGGCUCAUUUACAGUUCCUUUCGUACAUGGACGACAAGGCCGAGAUAAUGUACGAAUAUUCAAAAACAACUCCUGCAAAGGAGCCCAUCCGCGAGAAUGUCGCAGUUUCUUCCAGUGCAAAUGCUCAAAUCCGACAGACACGCAUUCUCGAAGCAAGCCUGGAAGCACUGCCAUCUGCUACAGCUCCCACGCAAUACGCACCUAGCAAGGAUGUCACAUUAAGCGCAAGACACAUUACUCUUGCCAUGACCGCGCAGAAAUUGCGACGACCGUUCGACCAUGUCCCAAUGGCCAAGACGAUCCGAGAUCUAUCAGGAGGGAAAUCAACCCUGCAAAAUGAAUUGACAGGAGAUCUGGUUGCGGAGUUCGGGCGAGUUCCAGAAGGAAUUGAAGAUAUGUCUUUGAUAGCUCUGGGAGAAGCACUGCAAGGUGGCUUUUCAGGCAAGCCCGGUAAGCAAAUGUCGAUGCUAAUAUCUAAAUUCAUGUCGAGCAAGUUGCCUGCGGGUUUCAACAACCAAGGUGCCAUGCAGGAUUUCCUGAAGCUGAAAUGGGGACUUGACAAGCCGCAGUCCAUUAUUCUCCUGUGCUUCGCUACAACCAUGGAGCCAGCAUCUCGGCUUGCGAGUGCGGAUGAGGUUCGUUCGUACCUGGAUGGUCUUGUUGAACACUACGCUGCGUUCGAAGGUAUUGCAUUCGCUGCUAUGGGGGGGCAGGGUAGUACUGUUAAGAACUCGUCAUCGACCACGCUGAUGAGCUCGGCGGACUUCGAGUCUCUUCGAAGAGAGCAGAAGGAGCUUUAUCGAAAACAGUAUAAGGUUCUAGCAGCCCACCUUCAGCCAGACGAACAGGCGUUGGAUGUUGACUCGAUCCAGCUAUCAAACUGUUUGCAGGUCAUGGAAAAUCAGCUUCAGCAAUGGAAUGCUGAGUUGGACGAACAGUUUCUGGAUUCUGUCAAGCCGAUGUUCGACCUCAAUAAGGCCCGGCAGUAUGAGUCCUGGUGGAAUUGGGUUAGAGAAGACCUCUUCCGAUGGUUACAUGAAGUUUCAAGCGAUCAUAUUGAUGCGACAUCACUCUGCGUGGAUGAUCGCCUUCGUCGCAUAUUUAAUCGUUGGGAGCCAAGCUGCGUUGAAAUCGUAAAGACUCAUUUGGGAGCAACAUUGCCAGAACAGGCGGUAACAUCGACCAGAUCACAGAUCGGCAACAACCUCUCGAUCUUGCAUGAAAUAUUGCGCCUCGGUAAACGCUCGCAAAUGGCAGACCCUGUUUUCAUCCACACUCAGCCACCGGUGGGCCCGAGGACAAUGAUCUCAACGUCGGGACAACGAGAGUAUGAUGAAGUACCUCGCAAUGUUCGCAACUACCCUGAUGUCGUGCGCCAAGGGCGCACGCCUCCAGCAGCUGGUUUGACUGCGAUCCCAUUCGUGCACCUGAGAAAACGGCGAGAUGAGGAAGACUGGUUGUAUGACCCCGCAGCGACAGAGAUCUUUCAUACAGCUCUCGAUGCAGGUGUCACGACCGGUUUCACAUAUGCAAACAAAUCAGUCCUCGUAACAGGGGCUGGACCUGACUCGAUUGGUGCGCAUGUAGUCCAAGGACUAUUAGCUGGAGGCGCCAGGGUCAUCGUUACCACAAGCCGCACGGUUUCCAGCAGUGCGACCUUCUUUCAGAGUCUUUUUAGAAAGCACGGAUCUAAAGGAGCAUCCUUGACCCUACUAUCCUUCAAUCAAGCGAGCAAGAAAGACUGCGAGGCACUGAUUCAAUACAUCUAUGGCUCGGAUUCUCCAGUAGGAGGUGAUCUGGAUUACAUUAUCCCAUUUGCAGCGAUUGCGCAGACAGGAGAGUUAGACUCUUUAGGUAAUCGACAAGAGGUUGCUCUCAGAGCAAUGCUGGUCAACAUUCUGAGACUCAUUGGCUUUGUACGCCGUGAGAAAGAAAAGCGACGGAUCGAAACCAGGCCAACCACGGUGAUAUUACCCAUGUCCUGUAAUGAAGGCACCUUUGGAGGGGAUGGUUUGUACGCCGAGUCCAAGAUCGGCUUGAAAACCCUCUUCAACCGCUUUCACUCUGAGACAUGGUCGACUUACGUCAAUGUCUGCGGAGCAGUUAUCGGAUGGACUCGGGGCACUGGCUUGAUGCGUUCAUCCAAUGCGUUGUCUGCUGAGAUGGAGAGAAUCGGCGUGAUCACUUUCACGCAAGCUGAAAUGGCGUUGAAUAUACUGGCAUUGUUAACGCCUAGUGUUACCAGUCUUGCGGAAGAGGCACCAAUUUAUGCCGACCUGACCGGUGGACUAGGGUCCAUGUGGAAUGCCAAAGAGCAGAUAGCAUCCUGUCGGAAAAGGUUGGAUGGUGAGCAACAGCUCCGAGAUGCUUUGACAAAAGAGGACAUGCACCAUCAAGUGGCUCUCCAUGGCCAGCACCCUCGCAGUCAGCGAAGGGAGCCACUCGUUAAGAGGAAACGUGCUAACCUUAAAAUUGGAUUUCCUCCUCUAAUAAAUCAUCGCGACAUGACCUCUGGGCUUCCUGAUCUCCUCGGUAUGGUAGACCUCUCGCGCACUGUGGUGGUGGUUGGAUUCUCAGAACUGGGGCCAUGGGGUAAUGCUCACACAAGGUGGGAGAUGGAAUCUCAAGGUCAUUUCUCCCUGGAGGGAUACAUCGAGAUGGCUUGGAUAAUGGGGCUGAUAAAACAUGUUGAUGGUGAUCUGAAAGGCCAGCCGUAUGUUGGCUGGGUCGACACAGAGACUGGGGAGCCCGUCGAGGAUGAAGACAUCUCAACCAAAUACGGUGAAUCUAUAUCGAAGGGCACUGGGCUGAGAUUGAUUGAGCCCAGCGAGUUAGACAGUUACGAUCCAUCGCGGAAAGAGUUCAUUCAAGAAGUGGUGAUUGAAGACGACCUGCCACCAUUCGAGAGCUCAAAGUCAGCAGCGGAGGCCUUCAAGCUCCGGCAUGGUGAGAAAGUCUCUAUUCAGCCUAUAACAGGAUCCGAGGAUUAUCGGGUAUUCCUCAAAAAAGGCGCAACCUUAAUGAUCCCAAAAACUAUUCCAUUCGACCAGACUGUUGGAGGAAGAGUUCCCAAGGGCUGGAACCCUUCACGGUACGGAAUUCCAGAUGACAUUGUGCAGCAGGUGGAUCGAACGACUUUGUAUGCGUUGUGUUGCGUUUCUGAGGCGUUUCUAUCCGCCGGAAUCCAAGAUCCAUACGAGCUUUACCAACACAUACAUCCAUCGGAGCUAACUAAUUGCCUGGGUACUGGUGGCGGCCCUGGUAAGACCAUCCAAUCCAUGUAUCGAGACCGAUAUCUUGAUCGACCAAUCCGAGGCGACAUCAUUCUGGAUCAUUUUGCCAACACCAUGGGUGCAUGGAUCAACAUGUUGUUGUUAUCUUCGACGGGGCCUUUGAAAACUCCGGUUGGAGCGUGUGCCACCGCCGUUGAAUCCUUGGACUCGGGUUGUGAAGCAAUAACGACCGGGAAAUGCAGGAUGGCUCUGGUUGGCGGGUGUGAUGAUUAUGGCGAGGAGGUGGCAUAUAAAUUCGCAAGUAUCAAAGCCACGGCCAACAGUGCCGAAGAGCUUGCCAAAGACCGUUUGCCAAGCGAGAUUUCGCGCCCGACGGCAAGUUCACGCAGUGGCUUUGCUGAAUCUGCAGGAUGCGGUGUUCAGAUACUUGCCAGUGCUGACGUCGCGCUCGACAUGGGAUUGCCAAUUUAUGGUGUGGUCGCUUACAACCAACUCGCGAGUGACCAGAUCGGUCGGUCAAUACCGGCCCCCGGUAAGGGGAUCCUCACUGCGGCACGCGAGGGGAUUGGAGCGCAAAGCUCACCCUUACUCGACUUCAAAUUCCGGCGCUCAAAUUUCGAUAGAGAAGUAGCUUGCAUCCAGCAGCACCAUGUAGGUCAGAAACCUACAAGAGAGUACUCGUCAAGCGAAGGUAUCGAAAUACGGCCUGAGGAUACUCGCACGGAGCAAGUCGUGAACCUGAGAAUCCGGGAUGCGCAGCAGCGAUGGGCGAACAAUAUUCGCCUACAGGACUCUUCAAUCUCACCCGUGCGAGCCGCUUUGGCUACAUGGGGCCUGACUGUUGACGACAUUGGGGUUGUGUCAAUGCAUGGGACAUCAACAAAAGCCAAUGAGGUCAACGAGGGGGACGUGAUCAACACGCAGAUGCAUCACUUGGGUCGACGCAAAGGCAAUCCACUGCUCUGCGUGUGCCAGAAAUCACUAACUGGCCAUCCGAAGGCAGCAGCAGGCGCCUGGCAACUACACGGCUGUAUGCAAAUAUUCCGAGACAGGAUUGUUCCUGGCAAUCGAAACGCCGACAACAUCGAUGAGCAACUGCGAAGAUUCGAGCAUCUAUUGUACCCCAUGGAAUCAUUGCCGCUUCAUGAGGUAAAGGCGACCAUGCUCACAUCGUUUGGCUUUGGUCAGAAAGGUGCCAUCAACGUCAUGGUCGCCCCGAGGUAUCUGUUUGCAUCUGUGUCAACGGAGGACUUUGAGAGAUACCGUACCGAGGUAGACAAGCGACAGCGAGCAGCAACUAGAGAAUACAUCUCGCGGUUGCUGAAGAACAGACUAGUUCAGGUCAAAACCAGUGCGCCGUGGAAAGACACCGAUAACAUGCGCGAUGUGUUUCUCAAUCAAAACAGUCGCCUCGCCAAAGACCAAUCUCGGUUUGUUGACAGCGCAUCAACUCAAGAUGCCUUCGUCGUCCAGAGAACCAAUGCAGAGAUGAUGUCAACAACCGAUAGGUCAAACACGGUAUCGGCAAUCGUCCAAUCAAUGGUUGAAGAUGUAACCCGUCGUUCUAAGCCGGCUUCAUCCGUCACCGUCGGGGUGGAUGUGGAAGAGAUCGCGAGUAUCAACAUCGAAAACGAGAACUUCAUUGAGCGGAAUUUCACAUGGAGAGAACGCGAGUACUGCCGAAAGGCCCCAAGGCCCCGUGCCUCUUACGCAGGUCGUUGGAGUGCUAAAGAGGCUGUCUUCAAGAGUCUGCAAACGCCGUCCAGAGGUGCAGGAGCUUCAAUGAACGAGAUUGAGAUUGUGAAUGCAGAUGGUAUUCUGAGUGUGACCCUUCAUGGCAAUGCUCAUGCGGUUGCAGCAUCCAAAGGCAUCAGUAACAUCGAAGUGACAAUCAGCCAUGCCUCGGACACUGUGGUUGCCGUCGCACUAGCCACCGGAGAGGCUGUGGGGGCGCGGUAUUGA